AUGACAGCAGAGGAGAGGGAGACGAUGGGAGCCCGUUGGGCAGAAAGCUGCCCAGCCUUCUCCAAGGGCAUGCCUGAUGACCCCAUGUCUGAAGGGAAGCCCAGAGUGUUUUUGGAGGCAGAGUCACCAAAGUCAGACUCUUCCUAUGACUGCCUGGAGGAGAUGGAAGCUUGUGAGGACAAAGGCUGCCCAGGGCUGCCUAAGUUGCUGUCCCCCAAGACUGGCCCUGCCACCAAGGGCCAGGCGGGUGAUGGACCUGAACUCACAGAGCUGCUCCAGGCCUCGGCCCCAACUCCAGGGACCUCAGGGACCCUGGGGAUGGAAUGCAAUGCUGAGAUGGAGCUGGAGUAGGUGCGCAUGGAGUUCGAGCUCACACGGCUCAAGUACCUGCACGAGGAGAAUGAGCGCCGGCGGCAGCACGAGGGGGUGAUGGCGCAGCUGCAGCAGCAGGCCGCACUCCACCUGAGUCUCGUACAGCAGACUCAAGAAGGAAAAGCUCCUAAGCUCCUCCAUUCCUCAGGGGGCCUCCAGGACCUCCUGCUCCCCCAGAACCAGUUUGCCAUGUUCCUGUACUGCUUCUUCUUUAUACACACGAUCUGUGUCACCAAGGAGAUGAUCUUCUUUCUCUUCUCCAAGCACUACCUGUUCUGUAUCGCAGCCAUUCUGCUCCGCUUGAUUAAAAUGUUAUGGUCAUAA